CAAGUUUCUUUUUUUUACACUGUUGACAUCUUGAUUUCUCAAUUGCAUCAUUUUUCUUGGCCUUAAACACAUAUAAUUCACAUUAUGGCCGAAAACUAUGCUAAAGCAAAUCAAUAUCAGUAUGCUUCGAAUUCUAGUCUAGUCUUACAAGCGAAUCGUAAAGGUCUACCUCGCAGAGAUCAAGAACCUACAGGCGAACCAGACACGCUUUGGGGAAAAAUUGAUCCUAAAGAUUUUGGCUCACGUGCCGAGCGUGAAGCACCAAAAGGAAUCGAAGAAAAAAAGAAAAAAGCAGCAGCCAGAAAAUCUGAAGAUGUUUUGGAACGAAGACGUAAAAGACAACAAGAAAAUGCAAUGCGAAGAGCUUAUGGGUAUGCCUCUGUCUUGGCAGCUACCGAAGACCAAGAAGGGCUCAAUUACAUUCCUCGUACGAAUGAAACUCGUGAAGCAUACGAACUCAUUUUAGCAUUCAUUUAUGAUUAUUUGGGAGACCAACCUCGAAGUGUUAUCCGCAGUGCAGCAGACGACAUUUUACAAACACUCAAGACAGACACAUUAAAAGACUUUGAUAAAAAGAAAGAAAUUGAACAACUAUUGAGUUCAACCAUUGAAUCAGAAAAGUUUGCUCAACUUGUCAAUUUGGCUAAACGUAUCACAGAUUAUUCAGCAGAUGGAGAGCCAAUGGAUAUAGAUGGUAGCGGAAAAGUUGGCGAAAUUGAUGAUGAAUUGGGUGUGGCCGUUGUCUUUGAUGAAGAAGAUGAAGACGGAGACGAUAACCAGUUUGAAUUGAGGGAAGAAGAUGACGAUGAUUUGGACGAGGACGAGCAAGCAGCCGCCGCAGCCGCCGCAGCAGCUCGUGCUACUGCAGGACAAGAAGAAGAGGCCGAGUCAACAGAUGAAGAAGAUGGCUUCAAGACUGUGUUGCCUGGCCAAGAAAAGAAAAAGAAAGGCAAAAAGUCUGUAUUCUCAACAGAACCAUCUGAUACAAUUUAUGCUCACGAUAUUGAUGCAUUUUGGCUUCAACGUCGCAUCGCUGCUUACUAUCCAGAUGCACACACAGCACAAGAAAAGACAGUUCAAGCAUUCGACAUUUUAGGAUCAGAAUCUAUUGACGUUCGUGAUUGUGAAAACGAAUUGAUGGGAUUGUUUGAUUACGACAAGUUUGAUCUCGUUCGUAUCCUCACAAAGAAUCGUGACCUCAUUUACUGGUGCACUCGCUUAGCUCGUGUAGAUGGUGAAGAAAAGGAAGCUCUUGAAAAAGAAAUGCAAGAAAAGGGCUUGGGUUGGAUCUUGAGAAGCCUUGGCGGUGAUCGUCAGCGUCGUGGUGAAGCUCUUGAAAGAAAGGGCGUUGUGGAUACAGCUAUGGAAAUUGAUGAAGAAUCAAAGGCUCCUCAUCGUAGCCGUGGUCAGUUACCUACUACAGUCACCAUUACUCCUGGUACGACAGCUGCUCCCAAGCAAAUGCUUGACCUUGAGUCUCUUGCAUUUGAUCAAGGUGCACACUUGAUGUCCAACAAGAAAGUCAAGCUUCCCGAUGGAUCCUUUAAACGCUCUAAAAAAGGCUAUGAAGAAAUCCAUAUUCCUGCUCCUAAACCUGAACCUGUGGCCACUGGUGAAAAGAUGGUACCUAUCAAGUCUAUGCCUGAUUGGACACACGAUGCAUUUGUUGGUGCAACCUCUCUCAACCGUGUGCAAAGUAGAUUGUAUCCUGCAGCUUUCCAGAGUGACGAGAAUAUUUUACUUUGUGCUCCUACAGGUGCUGGUAAAACUAAUGUUGCUAUGCUCACCAUCCUGCAUGAAAUUGACAAGAACCGAGACCCCGAAAGUGGUUUGAUUGAUCUUGACGCAUUCAAGAUUGUUUAUAUUUCACCCAUGAAGGCCUUAGUUGCUGAACAAGUUGGUAAUUUUAGUGCUCGCUUAAAGCCCUAUGGUAUUAAGGUUGCCGAACUGACUGGUGAUCGUCAAUUGACCAAGCAACAGAUUGCUGAAACGCAAAUCAUUGUUACUACACCUGAAAAAUGGGAUAUUAUAACAAGAAAAGCAUCAGAUCGCAGCUAUACUGCUUUAGUGCGAUUAAUUAUUAUUGAUGAAAUUCACUUGCUUCAUGAUGACCGUGGUCCAGUUUUGGAAAGUAUUGUGUCUCGUACUAUCCGUACUAUGGAGCAAACACAAGAACUUGUUCGUCUUGUCGGUCUUUCAGCUACCUUGCCCAACUAUGCUGAUGUUGCCGCAUUUUUGCGUGUUAAUCCCAAUACAGGUCUGUUCUAUUUCGAUAGUUCCUACCGUCCAUGUCCGUUGAAGCAGCAAUUUAUUGGUGUUACCGAAAAGAAGGCCAUCAAGCGAUUCCAGACAAUGAAUGAAGUCUGUUAUGAAAAGGUGAUUGAGCAAAUUGAUCAAAAGGAAGAAAACCAAGUGUUGGUUUUCACACACUCCAGAAAAGAAACAGCAAAGACAGCCAAGACACUUCGUGAUAUGGCCCUGGACAAAGACACUAUUUCUCGUUUCUUGAAGCAAGACUCUGCUAGUCGUGAAAUCUUACAAUCGGAAGCAGCUACUGUCAAGGAUGGCAAUCUACAAGACCUCUUGCCCUAUGGUUUUGCCAUUCAUCAUGCAGGUAUGACUCGUGCUGAUCGUACACUCGUUGAAGAAUUGUUUGCCGACGGUCAUAUCAAGGUGCUUGUAUCUACUGCUACACUUGCUUGGGGUGUUAACUUGCCUGCCCAUGCUGUCAUUAUCAAGGGUACUCAAAUCUAUUCCCCUGAAAAAGGUCGAUGGGUAGAACUUUCACCACAAGACAUAUUGCAAAUGUUGGGUCGUGCUGGUCGUCCACAAUAUGAUACCUAUGGUGAGGGUAUCAUCAUUACAUCCCAUAAUGAACUACAGUAUUACCUUUCACUCUUGAACACACAACUUCCCAUCGAAUCACAGUUCAUUGCUAAGCUGGCUGAUAAUCUGAACGCUGAAAUUGUGCUCGGUACAAUCAGAAACCGUGAUGAAGCUGUUCAAUGGUUAGGAUACACGUAUCUUUACGUACGUAUGCUGCGUAAUCCAUCUCUCUAUAGUAUAACUCCUGACGAAAUGGACGAAGAUCCUCAUUUGGAGCAAAAACGAGUUGACCUUAUUCACUCAGCGGCUACUAUUCUGGACAAGUGCAACUUGAUUAAAUAUGACAAGAAAUCAGGACGCUUCCAGGUGACCGAACUCGGACGCAUUGCCUCACACUACUAUGUCACACACCACUCCAUGUCCACAUAUAAUCAGCAUUUGCGACCUAUGAUGAGCGAGAUUGAACUGUUCCGUGUGUUUGCCUUAUCAGAUGAAUUCAAGUACAUCCCUGUGCGUGAAGAAGAAAAGAUGGAGUUACAGAAACUUCUUGAACGUGUUCCUGUACCUGUCAAGGAGACAUUGGAUGAACCUACUGCAAAGAUUAACGUCUUGCUGCAAUCCUAUAUAUCACAACUCAAGCUGGAAGGUUUUGCAUUGGUAUCUGAUAUGGUCUAUGUCACACAGAGUGCUGGUCGUAUCCUUCGUGCCAUUUUCGAAAUCUGUUUGAAGCGUGGCUGGGCGCAACUGACAAAAACAGCUCUUAACCUAUGUAAGAUGGUGGAGAAACGCAUGUGGUUACCCAUGUCUCCUUUACGUCAAUUUAAGACAAUGCCUCAAGAUAUUAUUCGUCGAUUGGAGCGCAAGGAGUUUCCAUGGGAGCGCUACUUUGAUUUAAAUCCACAAGAGCUUGGUGAACUCCUUGGUCAGCCCAAACUUGGCCGUACGCUUCACAAGUAUGUCCAUCAGUUCCCGAAACUGGAUCUUCAAGCACAUGUUCAACCCGUCACUCGCUCAUUGCUCAAGGUUGAACUCACGAUUUCUCCUGACUUCCAAUGGGAUGAAAAGGUGCAUGGUAUCGCUGAAGCCUUCUGGAUUAUGGUUGAAGAUGUCGAUGGUGAACACAUUUUGCACCAUGAAUACUUUAUAUUGAAGCAACGAUAUGCUGAAGAUGAACACUUUGUGUCCUUUACCGUGCCACUUUAUGAACCUUUACCACCUAAUUACUAUAUCACCAUUGUCGCUGAUCGAUGGCUGCACUGUGAGACCAAGUUGCCUGUGUCCUUUAGACAUCUUAUCUUGCCUGAAAAGUAUCCUCCUCAUACAGAGCUUCAUGAUCUUCAGCCAUUGCCUGUUACUGCUUUGCGCAAUCCUGAUUACGAGAAGCUUUAUGCAGGCUGGAUCAAUCAUUUUAAUCCUAUUCAAACUCAAGUCUUUAAUGCCUUGUAUACUACAAACGACAAUGUACUCAUUGGAGCACCUACUGGCUCUGGAAAGACUGUCUGCGCCGAAUUUGCACUUCUUCAUUUGUGGAAUCAAGCUGCUGACUCUCGUGCUGUUUAUAUCGCACCAUUCCAAGACUUGGUAGAUCAACGCGUUGCAGAAUGGGCCGAGAAGUUUAAAAAGAUUGGACAAGGCAAAGAGGUGGUUGCUUUGACUGGUGAAACAAGUGCUGACUUGAAGCUGCUUGAACGCGCUGAUAUCAUCUGCUGUACUCCUACUCAAUGGGAUAUCAUCUCUCGUCGUUGGAAACAGAGAAAGAAUGUUCAGAACGUUGACUUGUUUAUUGCCGAUGAAAUUCAUAUGAUUGGAAGUGAACUUGGACCUACAUACGAAGUUAUUGUCUCAAGAAUGAGAUACAUCGCAUCACAAACACAGCGUCCUAUCCGUAUUGUAGCUCUUAGUACUUCACUUGCUAAUGCUCGUGAUUUGGGUGAAUGGAUUGGUGCAACCUCUCAUUCGGUCUUCAACUUCCAUCCUUCUGUUCGCCCAGUACCCUUGGAGAUUCACAUUCAAAGUUACAACAUACCACACUUUGCUUCCCUCAUGAUCGCUAUGGCUAAACCUGCUUAUAUUGCUAUUACUCAGCAUGCUGACAACAAGCCAGCAAUCGUUUUUGUACCUUCAAGAAAGCAAUGUAAACUCACAGCCGUUGAUUUGAUCACCUAUUGUAUCGCUGAUGAUAAGGCUCACCAGUUCUUACGUUGCAAGCCAGAAGAGAUUACAUCUAUUUUGGAACGUGUACAAGACAAGUCAUUAGUUGAAACCCUUCAACAUGGUAUUGGUUUCUACCACGAAGCAUUAUCAAAGCAAGACAAGAAGAUUGUUGAGCAACUAUAUGAAAGCGGUGCUAUUCAAGUAUUGAUUGCCUCUCGUGAUACCUGUUGGGCCUUGCCACUGCAUUCACAUAUGGUCAUUCUUAUGGGUACUCAGUACUUUGAAGGAAAAGAACAUAGAUACGCCGACUAUCCUAUCACAGAUGUAUUGCAGAUGCUAGGACGUGGUUGUCGACCUUUGGAUGAUGAAACCGGCAAAUGUGUUCUUAUGUGUCAGGCGAACAAGAAAGAAUAUUACAAGAAAUUCCUGUAUGAAGGUUUGCCAGUCGAGUCUCAUUUGGAUCAACAAUUACAUGACCAUUUCAAUGCUGAGAUAGUGACAAGGACUAUUGAAAACAAGCAAGAUGCAGUUGACUAUCUUACUUGGACGUUCUUGUAUCGUCGUAUGGCACGCAAUCCCAACUAUUAUGGUUUGCAAGGUACUUCACAUCGUCACCUCUCCGAUCACCUUUCAGAGUUGGUUGAAAAUACCUUGACCGAACUUGAAGAAACCAAGUGUAUUGCAAUUGAAGAUGACAUGGACAUUAGCCCACUUAACCUGGGUAUGAUUGCUGCUUACUACAACAUCAACUACACAACCGUAGAUAUGUUUAGCGUAAGUCUAAAGGAAACGACCAAGCUUCGUGGUCUCUUGGAAAUUGUGUCUUCAGCCACUGAAUUUGACAAUAUCCCUAUUCGUCAUCACGAAGAAUCAAUUCUUCAGCGCAUCUAUGAUCGUGUGCCCAUCAAGCUGGCGACACCCAAAUUCAAUACACCAAGAAUCAAGACGAACAUUUUGCUGCAAGCCCACUUUUCUCGCAUCCAAUUACCACCUGAUCUUCAAUCCGAUCAAACCCUUAUUCUGGAUCGCGUCAUUCCUCUCUUGCAGGCUUGUGUAGAUGUCAUUUCGUCCAAUGGCUGGUUACCACCUGCUCUGUCCACUAUGGAAUUAUCACAAAUGUCUGUACAAGCCAUCUGGGAUCGCGACUCACCGCUGAAACAAAUUCCUUACUUUACGAAUGAGAUUAUCAAACGAUGUGAAGACAAGGGAGUCGAAUCUGUGUUUGAUAUCAUGGAAUUGGAAGACGAUGUUCGUAACGACUGUCUUCGUCUGGAUCAACAAAAGAUGCGUGAAGUGGCUCGAUUUGUGAACAGAUACCCAAAUAUCGAAGUUGGAUUUGACGUGACCGAUAAGGAUGCUGUGACUGCAGGCAGUAUAGUGAAUGUAAAGGUUCAAUUGGAACGUGAAGCAGAUGAAGAUGAAGAGAUUGGGCCUGUGAUUGCGCCUUUCUAUCCCAAGAAGAAGGAUGAAGGUUGGUGGAUCAUUGUUGGUGACCCAGAAACAAAGACGUUGUUGGCUAUCAAGCGAGUGACACUGCAUCAUAAAUUGACUGUCAAGCUUGAUUUUGUUGCGCCCAAGGCUGGCCAUCAUAAUUUGAAUCUUUAUUUGAUGUCUGACAGCUACAGUGGAUGUGAUCAAGAAUUAGAAAUGGAACUCGAUGUGGGUGAAGGAGAAGAAGAAAGUGAAGAAGAGGAAUCUAUGGAUGAAGACGAAUAAAUUAUGUGUAUUGCUUAAAGAUAUUUCAAAAAAUAAAGUUGCAUGUGCAUACAUAUUUUGUUAAAAAAAGACCUUAAGAGAAAUGGUUGCCUAUUUUUUAGCUAACGUUCUGCCCCUGAAAAGCAAGGUGUAUCCCCCCCUCGUGAUUACAAAGAUAAAGGCAGUUACAUUAAUAGCUCUACUUCACAUGGUCAUAAAAGUGUAAAUAGCAGAAUAAAUAAGUUUAUUUUGUAUCAUUAAUCAAUAACAAUACGCAAUUAAAUAAUAAUACGAAUUUAAAAAUAAAUAACUUAGUGAGCGACAGGAGCGAUCUGAACUUCGGGAACUUGUUGGUUGAAGACAACAUAGUUGUU